AUGUCUCUACUUCUGACCGCUCUGAUCUUCAACUGUUUGUUCAUUGCUUGUUUUACCGCUCCACAGGAGCAUGUCUGGACAGAAGAAGUCGUUUCUUAUUCUGGAUUUCAAUUGUGGUCGAUAACGCCUCACAACAAAGAAGCACGUGAUUGGCUGUGGAAAAUUCGAUGCGAUUAUGAACUCGAUGUGUGGAAAGAAAGCAGAUCCGGAAACAGCACAAUGGAUCUAUUAAUACCUCCAGAUUUCCAGACGGAAUUGAAACUACGUCUGACCGAUGCUAAAAUUCCAUACGUGGUAACAAUAAGCGAUGUGCAAACAGUAAUCAACAACGCCAAUUCCAACGUUACCAUCAGCGACGAAAUAUCUAAAGCACAAGGCCACAAAAUGGACUGGAGUAGCUUUCACCGUUUGAUUGAUAUAUACGACUACCUAACUUACCUGGAGAAUACUUAUCCGCAAAUCGUCAAACUGAUUAAAAUUGGCUGGUCAUACGAAGGUCGGCCACUUUACGUUGUCCGUAUCUCCUCAGCUUCAUCGCCGGACACUAACCCAGCUAUCUGGAUCGACGGAGAAAUUCACGCAAGAGAGUGGAUUUCAUCAGCCUUAGCGACGUAUAUUAUCCAUCAACUUGUGGAAGUUGAUGGCAACGCGGGCCUCUGGUCUAACGUUGACUGGUACAUCAUGCCCAUGAUGAAUCCAGACGGUUACCAGUUUACACAUACGAAAAAUCGACUAUGGCGAAAAAGUCGUUCUAUAUCUGGCAAGUUUUGUCGAGGUGUUGAUCUAAAUCGCAACUUUGGUUACAAGUGGGGCGGAUUAGGCGCUGGCCGAAUCCCGUGCUCUGAGACUUUUCGGGGACCCGCUGCUUUUUCCGAGCCGGAAACUGCUGCCGUUUCAGAAUUCAUUCAAAGCAAAUCGACCAAAAUUAAAGUUUUUCUUACACUUCAUAGUUAUGGUCAGCUUAUACUCCUUCCUUGGGGUUAUAGUUAUCCAGCCGUUUAUCCACCGGAUUACGACGAACUGUUGGCACUGGCGAAAAAUGCUGCGUCGAAAUUUGUACGUUUCAAGUAUUCUGUAGGCAACACCGUCGAAUUACUGUACACAGCAUCUGGUAACUCGGCUGACUGGGCUAAAUCUAUUGGUAUCAAAUACACCUAUUGUGUCGAAUUGGGUAAUAUUGGAACCUAUGGAUUCGUUUUACCCCCUUCCCUGAUUCUGCCCAUAUGUGAAGAUUUUUUCCCAGCAUUGAAAGUCUUCGCCGAUAAAGCAGCCACUACGACAAAUUAGUAACUUAGAACCUGUGCCACGGCGCAGCCAAAAAUUGUUAGUUGUACAGUAUAGACAGUUUAUAUCUAACUUAUUGAAACUAACGGCAGCGUUUCAGCGUUAUAAUCGAAAUACACUUACGAGGAGUGGGGCCGACGAAUCGCAAUACCUA